AUGGCCUACAUCUCGCCGUCGGAACCAUAUUGCAUUGCUAUGGACACCGAGGUGUCGUGUGAGGAUGGCGGAACAGGACAGCACGGAGUUGAGAGGGAACGCCACUUCAGGCCUCUUCAACGCUAUGAAACUAUCAACUCUGAUGCAUUCUCGGAAGCCAGCAGUGCAUCUAUAGAUGAUACGCAGCACAAAGCAAAGAAAUACUUCGGAUUUGGAUUCUUGUCCUUCAACAAAAGUCACGAAAACAAGCUGUCAGAAAGCGAGGAUGUCGAUGAAACAACACACCUCAAGUCAGACUUUGAAAAAGCUCAUUGCCAUGACGACGAGGCGGUGGUGGAGGACGAGACGAAGUGCGAGCCGGAGGAGCAGCCCAACUCUCACAGCGGUGGAAGGCGAGUAUCGUUUCAGCUGGAUGAGCCGCCGAAGCCCAAAACGAGCAUAUUAAAGGAUUUCAGAAGGUAUACAGAAGGCGACUUUCACCAUUUAAAAAGAUCCAAAAUUGACCGUAGUGUUCACAGACAAUAUUCCACUGGUGUGUCUUCUAUCAACGGAUCGAGAAACUGGUUUGACGAAGUGGCUCUCAGAGCUAGCAUAGAAGAGCAGUUCAAGGAAGCGCGUAGGAAAUCCAAACCAGAGAUCAUUCCUAUGGUGGAUCUGAACGAGUCGCCUUCUCCUCCUCAGAGACCCGUGAAAACCGAGAUAUCAGUGGAAGUUCACCACCAACAAAACCACAGAGCGCUCGACAAAUUCAUAAAGUCGGAAAGUCUGGACGCGAGGAAAGACCCGAGACCUGCCCAUCCUCAGUGUAUACGGGUGAACGCGGUUCAGAAGUAUUCCCACAGUCUGGACACGACGACGCCUUCGCAGAGCAGAGUCUACCGAGAGACGAGGAAGGUGAAGAGUUACGAGGACGUCCCGGACUACGACGUGUUGAAGAUAACCGAGUUCUCGAAAGGACCGUGUUACAACACAGACUUCGAGAUCAUUUCCGAGCUGGGCUCGUCUCUUAAGUGUAAGGUGCGAUACAAUGACACAGGCAGUCUGGAACAGCUAAACGAGGAACAAGUGGAGUACCUCAAUGAUUUGGACCUCGACAGUGUGAUGCUGGGCGACAGCGACGAAACAGAGACGCUGAAUGGCACGCAGAAAUACAGGGAGCUCUGGAACCUGCGAGCUACUCUGGAGGAAGAGGACGAGUGCAGCGACACCAUACGCAUGGAGGAUAUGACGUCACCGGAAGAGUCUCCGGACAGAGAGCACGUGACGCCGUGUACCACGUCGUUUGAAUCGAACGCCGAGGCACCCAGUGAUGCUGGAAUCAGUGAUCAGAGAGACAGUGGCAUUCAGUGGGAGAGCAGUAUUAAGGCGUCGUCUAAGAAUCUCCUGCAUCCAAAUUACGAAAACAGGAGACAGAACUACAAGAGCAUUCUUACCCGACGUCUUCAGAAGGCCGGGCCGAACACCAGCACGGAAAACAGCUUCGACAGUGUCGAAACGGAUGGUGAUAUAUCUGACACAAGUCGGUACGAGGUGACAACAACAUCGUUCGAAUCAACGACGGACAACACCGACAGCACGACGGAAAGUCAGACGAGCAAGCUGAGACAGAUGAAAACUGAUAGCGGUUACAAGUCCCUCGAAACUCAGCAGUCGGCGAAAGAGGGAACGGAAGGUGAACGUGAUAUUUCUCCUGGCACAUACCAGGCAGAGAAACUGAUACAGCGAUCUCUACAGAAAUCUCCGCAGAAGUCGCCAGAGCAUAUCGAGGAGGCUGGCCCGCCAGACAGUCCAAAGCUGUUGUAUAAACGGUCAGGUAACGCUUCUCAUUUUGAGAGACGAAACGGCAAGACUGCGUCGAAGAAGCGAAGGGCUUACAGCCGCGAAAGACAAAUGGUACGCGUUUACGAAAGCAUCAACGAACCAGAAACAGAUUCUAAAUCGGAACUGCCUUCUGGCGAUAGUUUUGAGGACAAUACGGUGCCCAACAAGAUAUCUGUGUUUGCUAGGUUCUUCAAAUUCCAUUCCCGUGAGUACAGAGAAAGGUAUUUGACAAGAGACUACAGUAUAGACGAAAAGACUAACAAAAUAUUCAAUGACUUCAUUCGUCACGAUUCUCUGGAUCCAACUAAGUGUGGCAUGCGGAGAUCGCCAAAGUUGCAUAACAAACAUCGGCUUCAGAGAAAGCAUACAGAACCGGUUGUGGGUCACGAACAGAGGCGGAACAGGCUGGCGCCUGACAUGCGUAGUGCUAGUCUGGGAAGUGAUAGUAGCGCGAGCUCGGUGCGGCGUCCUUCACCCCAGGACAGCAUAGAAGAGGAGGAAUGCGUAGAACUGCUUUCAGGAGCGAUGGGGACCUGGGAAGCGAUGGAGACACAGGAUGAUCCCGAACUGACAUCACCACCUAAGCCUGUUCAUGAGAUUCCUAUUAUUAAACUGCCAGAAGAAGAGACGGGAGAAGUGUAGCUAAACGUAACUCAGUAAAAGUGUAUGGGACAUAAUGGUUAAUAUAUUACUUAUCCAAUCUCCAGACAAGGUGAAUAUGAAACCUAAGAAUGAUAGCAUUCAAAACUUAUACGAUUCGUUCUAUAGUGUUAACGAAUCUUUAUAAGGUUUUUUCUUUCUUAAUUAUAUUAAUAAAAAUGAGCAUGAAAUUUAUUUCAGUCCUUUAAAGCCCAAAAACUAUUAUUUUGAUAUUGGAUUUUGAAAACAAAAACAAUUAUUGCAGUCAUUUAAAGCCCGAACACUAUUAUUUUGACAUUGGUUUUUGAAGAAUUUGUUUUUUACACAUAUGUUUUUUUAUUAUUAUUAUUAAUAAUCCAUAAUGUAAUUUGUUUUAUUGAAUAAUAAAACUCGUAGUGCGCACUAUCACAGUACAUAAAGACACGAUAUGUCUUCGCAUGGU